AUGGAUAGAGAACAGUUAAAUUUAAAAAUAUUAAUGAAAAAAUUUUUAAGUGAUGAAAAAGAAUAUAUAAAGUUUUUGAAUAAAGGUAAUAAAGAUAUAAUAGUUUUUGAAAAACAUAAUUUUUAUAUUUAUAGUGAUGUUUUAUGUGGAAUUGAAAGUAGGAAAAAGGAAAAGUAUAACAUAGGAGAUAUUUAUUUAUUUUUAUGUUUACCUAAAAGUAAUUAUACCUAUUCUUAUAUUAAUUCUAUUGGUUAUAAAUAUAUAAGCAUAUUAGAAAGGGGUAAAAUUAUAAAAAUUAUUGAAGAAGAUGAGGAUAGUGACGAAAUAAGAGUUAAUUUUUUUAUUUAUGAUGAAAAAAAAAAAAUAGAUUUACAUGAUUAUGUUGAUAUAGAAAAGGAACAUAUUAUAAAAGUAGAAUUAUUUAAUAGUGAGAAUAGCGAAGAUAUAGAAGAAGGUAGUGAAGAUAAUAUGGAAAAAAAAGAUAUAAAAAAAAAUGAAAAAAUUAAAAUUAUUAAAAAAGAAGAUUCCUAUGUUUUAAAUAAGGAUAACAUAGAAAAUAAUCAGGAAAAAAUAUCAUCUGAAAUGAAUAAGGAAAAUAAUAAGUCGAGCGAAGAUAAUCUUAUAUCAUUCGAAAAUACUAGAAAAAUAUGUGAUUCAGAUAAAAUAUUGGAGUCUUUAAUAUUUUAUUUUAAAAGUGAUUAUAUUUCUAAUUCCUUAAAUAAAUAUAAACUAAAAAGUAAAAGCUUAAGAAGAAAAAGAAAAUAUAAUUUUUUAGAGGAUACAUCUCUUAUGGAGUAUGAUGAAUUAAUAUAUUAUAAUAUUAAUGAAAUAAAUUCAUUUGAAGAAUAUGAUAAUGAAUUAAGUAGUAAUUUUGAGUUCUUUAGGAGAAAGUGUUCACUAGAUAAAAGCUUAUAUAAUAAUUCGGAAUUAUAUAAUAAAAGAGUAGAAAAUUUUGAGAAAAAAGAUGAAAUACCAAAUAAUAAGUAUUAUUAUAAAAAUAAUGAAAAUCAAAAAAAUAAUGAUUCUGUAGAAAAAAAUUACAGUAUUUUAAGACAUUAUUAUGAAAACAAUUUUUUUCAAAAUAUUUUUUUUCAAAAUUUAAAUUUAUAUUCUUUAUUGAAAAAUAUUUACAUUAGAAGAUUUUCUAAUGAAGAAAUAAUUGAUAAAAAUGUGAAAUUAAUAAGUGAAAAAUUUCAUAUAGAAUAUAUGAAAUAUAUACAAAAUAAUCAUAAAUUUAAUCCUUCGAAUUGUAAUCAUUCCUUAAGUGAAAACAUAAACGAUUAUGUUGAUAUAAAUGAUGAAUGCAUUAUUAAUAAUAGUUUAAUAGAGAAAGAUAUUUUUGAAUUUGAUUGGAACUCUUAUGAUACGAAUGAAGAAAAUAAAAAUUCAAUAAAUAAAUAUAAAAAAUUAGAUUAUAAUAAUAUAUUAUAUUCUUUUAAAAAAAGAAGAAAAGAGUUUUUUAAUGAAAAAAAAUUUGUUGAAAUUAUGAAAAAUUUUAAUGAACAUGAUAAAAUAAUUUUCUUUCAUAAUUUAUUAACACAAUAUAUAUAUUCUUUAAAUAAUAAAAAAUAUUAUGAACAAAAUAAAGGAAAUAUAAAUUUUGUUCACAAUUUUAUAAGUAAUUUAUCUCAUGAAGAGGAUUUUAAUGUAGAUACAGAAAAUUUUUUAUUCUCCAGUUCAUAUAUUCCCUUUACUGAUUCGGAUGAAUUAUCCUUUAAAUUAAAUGAACAAGAGAAGUAUAAUAAAAACAAAAAAUGCGAAGAUAUAGAAAAGGAAAAUAAUGGAGGUAAUAAUGUUAAUAGUAAUGAUGAAAAUGAUCCGAUGUUGAGAUCAUUUAGUGAAAAUAGUAACGUAUCAAUUGAUAGUAAUAACAACUUAAAAUGUAAUAUUGGUAAUUUUAAUUUACUUCAAAAUAAUUAUGUAGAAAUAAAAAAUAGUUUAAAUAUUAAUUUGUCCAAUUUAAAAUUAUCAGAUACAAAUAUCAAAAACAAUAAAGAAUUAAUUAAAUCUACUCAUAUUAAAGAAAUAAAUUUUAAAGGUCCUUAUGAUAUAAUAGAAAAAAACGAUUGCGAUUUUAGCAGGAUUUAUAAAUUUUUUGAAGAAGAACUUUUAAAAAAAGGUAAUAUAAAAAAUGUAUAUAUAAAUGGAAUAAAGAAAAAUAUUAUUGUUGAUGAUAAUAGUAAAAUAACAACUCAAAAAAAAUCUUUAAAAGUGAUAGAUGAAAUACAUUUAAAAUAUAAAAAAAGGCCAAUUAUUUUAAUACCAAAAGAUAAUAAUAUAAUAAAUAAAAAUAAUAUUGAAUCCUUUUUUCUACAUAACAAUUUAAAUAGUACCAAUCUUCCUAUGCAAAGUAAUAGUACGAGUGGUAUAUAUGAUUCUUUGUCAAUAAUAUAUAAAAUGUUUAAUAAAAGUAUAAAAUUUUUAUUUAUUGAAAAUGAUAAAAUAUCUAAAUUUACGGAAAUUGAUUGGAAAUGUGUAAUUGCAGUUAUUUUAAAUCCUAAUCAAUCAUUAAAAGAACUAUUAAAAGAAUACCCAUUUCAAUCUUUGACAGACUUAUUUCAUACUUUCAAGACUUUUGUUUUUAUCUACACUAAUGAAAAAUUGUCUCAUGAUUUAUUAUCUUAUAAUAAUAUUGAAAUUAUAAAAUUAAAUCAUAAUAAUAGAAAAGAUGAUUACAUUUCUGUUAAUAAAUUUUGGAGUAUAGUUGAAAAAUUUAUUUUACAAAGAAGGGAUAAGAAUUUUUUUUUUAAAAAAAAAUUUUUAGCAAACUGA